GACGUCAGCAGCUGAGGCGGGGCGCUGACCGUGGUGCUGAAUGCGCCUCGCGCUUUUAGAGUUGAGUACAGGACACGGGGUACCACACCAGAGCAUCACUCAUCUCACUAUCCUCCAUCACAUUCGCCUCUGACCUACUUCCGCUCUAAUCACAUCACCCCUGAAACGUGAGAGCCGCUAUGCCGAAUUAACGGGAGCUGUUUGCGCUCGAUGGGCAGGAUGGCUUCUGUGCGCGCGCUGCUCCUCGCCUUGCUGUCUGUCCACGCGCUCGCCGUUGCCAUCGCGGACAGGAAAUUCGGAUGUCUGUUUGAAGAUGUGGUAUGUGAGUCGUAUGAGGUCUGCAUCAACGAUCGGCUGUUUGGUGGGUGUCAGAGUUAUUUGGGGUCAGUUCCCUACACUUACGACGUGACUCCAGCAGCAGUGCAGCGUUUGAGGAAUGUUCUUCAGAAGCUGGCCCACAGAGGAUAUACUUGGCUGGAUGACACAACUCAGGAAGUAAUUUCAAAAGAGCUCUCACAACUACCCAAGGUUUCUCUUGGAGGAUUUACAAACACCUUUUCUCAUUACAAUGGCAAUUCCAGGAAGCUAAAGGCUCAGAAAGAAGAAGUGAGCAGGGCACUGCAAAGGUACCUUCAAGGUUCCCUGCCUUCUGAUGUUGCCUCCUUCAAACAGAGUCCUCAAGGGCAGCAAGUGCUUUGGAAGUACAAGGGAAAUGGACCCCAUAAUCACAAGAGUUUUAUGCAGCUCAAAGAGAAGCCUCCUUCACCCCACAUCUCUUUCCUACAAGGCCGACCUGAUCUCCAGGCCAUUGUGGAACAGCCUCCCCAAGGUCAAUCAUUCUUCACUGGGUUUGAACAGGAUCGUACUGGAGUCCCUCUUGCUGAGCUUCAGCGGUAUCAAGCUGGGCCCAUGAGAGCACAAAAUCCCGGUAAAGGUCAAACACAGGGAAAGCUGCGUUACUUCAGCCUUCAGCGCACUCCUGCUACCAAAAUAGAAAAACUGCCAGGAGCUUCCAAGCAACCUCCAAAGCCCCAAAUCGAAAAAUUGUUUUUCAAAUCCUCAGCAAGCAGCCCUGCUUACAAGGAGCCCCUGAGUUCAGUAGAUGAGAAGUUCAUUGACGGAGUGGUUAACCAGCUCGGCCGUCAGAGCGUCAAUGUGGAUACUUUAACCCGAAAAGACCUGGACCAGCUAUCCAAGGCCAUUACCCAGGCCCUGCAGGUGGUUGAUGGAGUGGAAGGAGUCAAAGGUAGAGAAGCCACACAGGAUGAAGUGGAGGUGAAGAGGGAACCCAGUCAAGAGUCACAUCAGGUGGAGAAACUAGAAGACGGCACCACACAUAAAGAAAUUCAAACAGAAGAAACUGGCCUUAAAUCUGAUGACAAGGACAAAGGUUUUAUCAGCCAGCUGCUUGAGUUUCUGGAUCAUAACUCUGGCCAUGGAUCUGCUCGGCCUCCCCAAGCAGAAGAGCCUUUUCUGGGGUACAUCAACCAGCCAAACGCUGGAAGCCCGUUGAGAGCUAGUUUGGAGAACGUCCAGAGCCGGACAACGCAAACAGACCUGGACCUGAUGAGAAAGAAAAUGGAACCUGACACUUUGGAUAUAGAGCCAAUGGUGGACCCUGAGGUAGAACAGUGGAUGCACGGUUCUGUAGACUCUCCGGAAGUAAAAGCUGAGGUUCAUCCAGGAAAAGUGCCACAAAAUAAUUAUGUGGAGAAAGAGGAGGUGGAAAAGAAAGGUGUGAGAGUGGAGGUGGAUAUUACAGCAUAUUCAAGUCCACAUGACGGAAACUUUGGCUACAUUAUUACUGAAGAUUCCCUGUCCACUGAUCAGGGGCUGAACCUCAUGGAGCUCUUAGCUGAAAGAGUCAGCCUUCAUGUAACAGAUUUUCUACAACUCUCGGUUCUGGGUCCAGCAGUAACCUUUCGAGUGCGCCCCAAUGCUCGAAACAUUAGCACGUCCCAGCUAGCCAGAGUGGCAGGUACGCACAAACACAGACAU